UUUCUGGAGGGGGUGAAGGCAGCAGGGACUGACACCGUCCAUCCGUCUGUCCGUCCGUGCAGCCAGGAUGAGCACGGCCGCCAGCCCGGAGCCCCUGCCCUCGCCCCCCGCCCCUGGACCCCGCUACUUGGAGCGUUUGGCCGAGGAGGACCCCGAGUUCCUGCGGGCGCGGAACAUGGCGGCCGACCUGCGCCAGGACUUCAACAUGAUGGAGCAGAAGAAGCGGGUCACCAUGAUCCUCCAGAGCCCGUCUUUCAGGGAGGAGUUGGAGAGCCUCAUCCAGGAGCAGAUGAAGAAGGGGAACAACUCAUCCCACAUCUGGGCCUUGAGGCAGAUUGCCGACUUCAUGGCCACCACGUCCCCCGCCGUCCUGCCCACCUCCCCCAUGGGGCUGACGGCUGUCACCCCCAUCAACGACCUGCACGGCCCCGACGCGCCGGCGCUGGCCAAGGGCGAGCGGCUGAUGCGCUGCAAGGUGGGGAGCAUCCACCGCCUGCUCGACCUCUACGGGUGGGCCCAGCUGGGACACGCCGCCGUCACCCUGCGCGUCAGCAAGGAGCAGGAGCAUUUCUUGGUGGCCCCGCAGGGGCUGGCGUGCAGCGAGGUGACAGCAGCCAGCCUGAUCAAGGUGAACGUGCUGGGGGCCGUGGUGGAGCAGGGCAGCACCAGCUUUGCCCCCGACGCCCGCAGCUUCAGCCUCCACGCUGCCAUCUACGCCGCCCGCCCCGACGCCCGCUGCAUCGUCCGCCUGCACACGCCGGCCACCGCCGCUGUGUCGGCCAUGCGCUGCGGCGUGCUGCCCAUCUCCCGCGCCGCCCUGCUGCUGGGGGACGUCGCCUACUUCGAUUUCCGUGGCGAGGUGGAGGACGAAGCCGACCGGGUUGAGCUCCAAAAAUGCCUCGGUCCCACCUGUAAGAUCCUGGUGCUGCGCAACCACGGGGUGCUGGCGCUGGGCGACACCGCCGAGGAGGCCUUCUACAGCAUCUUCCACCUGCAGGCGGCCUGCGAGAUCCAGGUGUCGGCGCUGGCGAGUGCGGGGGGCACGGAGAACCUGAUCGUGCUGGAGCGCACCAAGCACCGGCCCCACGAGGUGGGCUCUGUGCGCUGGGCCGGCAGCACCUUCGGGCCCAUGCAGAAGAGCCGCUUGGGCGAGCACGAAUUCGAAGCCUUGAUGAGGAUGCUGGACAACCUGGGUUACCGCACGGGCUACACCUACCGCUACCCCUUCGUGCAGGAGAAGAGCAAGCCCAAAAGCGACGUGCUGAUCCCCGCCACCGUGACGGCCUUCAUCUUCGAGGAGGAUGCGGCCCCCGUCCCCGCGCUGCGGCAGCAUGCCCAGAAGCAGCAGAAGGAGAAGACGCGGUGGCUCAACACCCCCAACACCUACAUGAGAGUCAACGUGGCUGAGGAGCAGCAGGGCAGCGCCGGCAGCCAGAAGACGAAGACAACGUGGCUGAAAGCAGACGAGGUGGAAAAAGGCAGCAGCGGGACCCCCAUCCGGAUCGAGAACCCCAACCAGUUUGUGCCCCUCUACACAGACCCCCAGGAGGUGCUGGAGAUGAGGAACAAGAUCCGGGAGCAAAAUCGCCAGGAUGUGAAGUCGGCUGGACCUCAGUCUCAGCUCUUGGCCAGCGUCAUUGCCGAGACCAGCCGCAGCCCUUCCACAGAGAGUCAUCUGGGGGACGCAGAGGCCAAAGAGGCGUCCCGGGAGGAGGCACCCCCCGAGCCAGAGCCCCCGAACCCCUUCAGCCAGCUCACCGACCAGGAGCUGGAGGAGUACAAGCAGGAGGUGGAGAGGAAAAAGCUGGGGCUGCAGGGCGAGAAGGAUGCUGCAGCCGAGGAGAGCCAGGCACCCUCCACCAAAUCGCCCCCCAGCUCCCCACCGCACAGCCCGGCCCCGACGCCGGCCCAGCCCUCGGAGGGUGACAAGAAGGCAGAUGGCGGGCAAGCACCGGCUGAUUCCGCUGCCGAGAAGGAGCUGCCGGCAGUGGUGAACGGGAAGGAUGAGGAACAAAGCACUGAAGAAAACCUGGGCAAAGUUGGGGAGCGGACGACCUCCCCUGCUAAUGCUGACCCAGAUGCCCCCAAGGAGAAGGAGACGGUGACCAGCAACCCCAUCUCCCCCGAAGGUUCACCCUCCAAAUCACCUUCCAAGAAGAAGAAGAAAUUCCGGACCCCGUCUUUCCUGAAAAAAGGCAAAAAGAAAGAAAAGAUCGAAUCUUGAGUCUCUUCUGAGGCCUCCCGUCCCAGCGGCAGCCAGGCACCGCUCCGGACGGAGGGGCUGAGGCGGAGGGACGGCUCCUGCGUCGUGUGUCUGGCUGAGGCACAGGCGAAAACGCUGGAGGCGAGUUGUUUUCUGGGUACUCCUGGCACGAGGCACCUCGUCCCUCCUGUCACCCGCUUUUGGAGACGGUCACCGAGGUUUAUGAAGAGUGUGGCCCCUGUUUGCCGCUUGGGGAAACACCCACUCCUCCCAUGAGCUGUCCCUUCUCCUUCCCGUGUGGGCUAAGGGUUGUUGGUUUGUUUUUUCUUUUUUCCCCACCUACCGCUUGCUGAGCCCUCGUGAAAUGUGGGGAUCCACUUGGUUUGAGGAAGAAAAGAGUGUUUUGUUGGUUUUGGGUUUUUUUUUUUUCUUUUUUAAACCUUCUGUUUCAAGGUCCGCUGGAAUGGCGCUGGCUUCACCCCCUGGGUAAAAUUGUUUGCCGCUUCACUGUGGGGAAUCAGGUCGAGCUGAACGUUGGAGGGGGGGGUGGGUUGCUCUCCCCGAAGGAGAGGCCGAGGCAGUGGGCCUGGGAGCCUUUCCUUCCCGGAUCGUAAUCUUCCUCUCCCUGGGGCCGCGGAGCCACUUUCAAUUCCCUUCUCCUGGUGCCACCGUCUCAAGUACGCACCAUCCCAGGAUUUCACGCUGCCAGGAAAGCCCCUCGCUGCACUGCACCAACCACACCUGAGAAGGGAGAAGAAAAGAGCCUCCAGGAACUGUCUGUGUUAUUUAAAACUGAGCAAAACUUCACUCACUAAGUGCUACUUCGGGAUGAACACACGCUGCCAAUUCACUUCAGCCAGAGGCACUGCCGACGCCGCCACCCCCUCCCCACCACCACGGCACGGCCAAGGCUGGGCCGGGUCUCUGCUCGCCCCAACCCUGGGCUCAGCGAGCACCCCUCCACACACCUGAGGCCAGAUCAUUGCUUUUCCCCAGCUCUGGACUCCCAAGCACAAGUUUCAAUCCUACCUGGUGUGCCCUCCCCACCUCCGGCGCUCCCUCCGCUGACACCACCAUCGUUACACCAUCCCGGCCGUUCCCAGAAUGGAAAAAGAAAACCAGUGAUGCCCAUUUGCCUCGCAGCUGCUCCAGCGCUGGGAUUUAGGGGAGAAAACCAAUGGGAUCAGCCCCUAUCCUCCCGCAAGCCCCAGAGGUUUCCCAUUUUCCUAGGUCCUACGCAGGCAGUGCUGCCUGUGGGGAUGGGGCUUCCCCACCACAGCCCAAAUGUGGGCUGGGCUUGUAGCUGGGGACCCCCAGAAUCCCCCCCUCUGAGGACAUUGGGUUUCUCACACGCCACCACCCUAUUUUCAAAGCCUUGAACUGCUGUGAGGCAUCUCUUGGCUUUUGUUUUUCCCCCUGGAGAAGCUGAAAGCCCAGUGGCAACUUUAAGGGCAGCAGGGCACAGGCAGGGAGUUGGGGUGCAGGCAGCUGUGGGUCAAGGAGAGGCAGGUUGUAAAGGCAGGCUGGUUUUCUGUGCAGGGCUGCGAUAUGGGGCGUGACAGGCAUUUAAAUUCUGAAUCAAAAAGUAAAACGUAAGAAGCAAAAAAUUGCAAAAAUACACACCUGGAGCCCCAGGGCCGACCUCAGCCUGGUAUUCAAGAAGAGUCAGCACCGGGGUCAGAGCCACAGGUCCCUAUCACACUCUUGUAAAGACCAGGGGGACCCUGAGCUCCUAAAUCCACCGCCUGUGACUGAUGGACCAACUGGUGUUGGUGCCUAUAUUCAACAUCUAUUCAGCAGACAGUUUCCCAUGGGGUGUUGUUUACUGCCACUGAUUUUAAGGCUCUUUGAGGCCAUUUUUGUCAUCUUGACCAUCCCUCUGAGCAACCCUGGCUGGGAAAGCCCCAGCAGAGGCAGCUGUGUUGCCUCCUUCAGCCAGCACGGUCACUCCCCCAGCGAUUACCUGAAUUACAGCACUGCCACAUGCCCCACCACCGGAUCGGCUGCAGCCCCUUUUUCUCCAAGGGUCUGUCCCCAGGGGCUUCAUGACCCCUUUUCUCCGUGAGCCAUGGGCUUCGCAGGGGAGACAGGGAUUUAUUUCCCCCCUCUGUGGCAGUCUGGUGUGCAUUAGGUGUCUAGUGCGGUGUUGGGAAGUGAGAGACACCGGUACCUUCAGCAGGGAGGAAGGCUCAAAUGGCCACUGUUGUGAUGUGCAUCCUCACCCCUUAGCUAGAAGAAAACAGAUACAGGAUCAGAUCCAUGCCACAGCUUCCCCAUCCAUUAGGGCAUCCCCAGGACCACCCCUCCAGAUAAUUCUCCCCCUCUCCCUGCCAGCGUUUUGCUGCCAGCUGCUCACAGUCAGCCCCUGGGCUUGCUGCUUUCCUUCUCACCUCCUUUAGGCCGGACUGCCUGGACGCAUGUGCCCCAGGCCAGGCCCUGGGUGUGGGUUUUUGGCAGCGGGGAGGCAGGGACGUACCCCUGGCCACGAGGCAAACCGUCGAUCCGGUAACCCCGAGAGGUGCCAAUUGCCGCCCACAGGCUCGGUGCUCAUCGCCCUCCACGUUUACACCGUCAGCUGAAGAGAAAGGGUCAUCUUUGACCACAGAUCCACCAACACACCGCAAGAAAGGAGGGCGACGCCGGGGCUCAAGCUGGCUUCAGCACCCACUUUGCCUCCUGGGGCUGGCAGACAUCCCUGGCCCAGGCCCAGUGGUCCCUGGCGAGGAUGUGGUUGCUGAAAAUCCAUCGACAUGAGGCCGAGAAGAGGCUGCCCCGUCCCCAGGUCACUAGGGCCCGGGGGGAGCAGGGCGGGGAGGGAGCGGGGUGUCCCUCACCCCGCGGGCUUGGCGAGGGCCGGUGUCUGACAAUCGUCGCUGGAAAGCGCUGUGUACCGCCUGUCUGUAAAUAAACCCCGUGUUUGGCA